GUUGAAGAGAUACAAUUCGUCACUUCCGUUUUAUUGCGUCACCGUGGAGAGGAAGGAGAAGGCUGCUUGCACUACGACGGUCUUGUCUCAAUUUAGUACGAGUUAUAUUUAAUAAUCUUCAUCGGGAAGACAUGAGUGACAACGAGAAGGAUUUCGAGGAGCGGGAGUCCCGCUCGGCUUCCAGGAGCGCGAGUCCGCAGGGCUCUGGUAAGUCAGCCAGUCGCUCCCCGGCCCAGUCUCCUGCUCCGUCCAAGGAGGGCUCCCAUCACUCCCGCUCCAAGUCCCGGUCCCGCUCCAGGUCCAACUCCAGGUCUCGCUCCCAUCGAAGCUCCCGCCGGCACUACACCCAUUCCCGCUCGCGAUCACGCUCCCACCGCCGCCGCUCACGCAGCCGGUCCUACAGCGGAGAAUCCCGCCGCCGCCGCAGUCACAGCCACUCGCCCAUGUCCAACCGCCGCCGCCACGUCGGCAACAGGGUGAAUCCGGACCCCAACUGCUGCCUGGGUGUGUUUGGCCUCAGCCUGUACACCACCGAGAGGGACCUGAGGGAGGUGUUCUCCAAGUACGGCCCGCUGAAGGACGUCAACAUCGUGUACGACCAGCAGUCCCGCCGAUCCAGGGGCUUCGCCUUCGUCUACUUCGAGAACCGAGAGGACGCCAAAGAGGCUAAAGAGCGUGCGAAUGGAAUGGAGCUGGACGGCCGAAGGAUCAGAGUUGACUUCUCAAUUACGAAAAGGCCUCACACUCCAACACCGGGGAUUUACAUGGGCCGCCCAACAUAUGGUGGGGGUGGUGGUGGCGGCGGAGGUGGUGGCGGCGGCGGCGGCGGUGGUGGGGGAGGUCCCAGUAUGAACCGCCGCUCUCGUGAUUACUACGACAGAGGGUACGAUCGAGGCUAUGAUCGCUACGAUGACCGGGAAUACUACAGAUCUUACAGACGCCGAUCUCCGUCUCCUUACUACAGUCGAGGAGCCUACAGGUCCCGCUCGCGCUCACGCUCCUACUCCCCGCGACAUUACUGAAGGGAUUGACAUUUGGACACAUCCGUGAAUGAGCUCCUAUUGAAGGACGUUCCCUUUGUCCUGGUCUUUUUUUCUUUGCGUUAGUGCAUUGUACACAUUACAUGUGCAUGUAUGAUGUACAUUUCAUAUGAUUUGUGCAUUUCUUAUUCAUUUUUAAUUAGCUGAUGUAUGCAGAUACCUGUUUGAUACUUGUACCCGAAACCUGUUUGAUCUGUAACAGCUAUGCUAUUGCAGCUCCCCAGCUUUAGUACCUAGUUGAUGGUUUUGAGUUUGUUGUAUUAAAGAAAUAAACUGUCUUUUCACA